AGCAGGAAGAAGAGGAGAGGAGGGAGCGGGCGGCUCCGGCGCUGCCUGAGAAGCCGCAGAAGCCCCGGGACCAUCGUCCCCCAUCCCGCAGGUGCCCGGGGAGGGGGAGCUGGCCCCAAAUAUCCCGGGGCUCCCUGGGUUUGGGGUUUUUUGGGGGGGAUGUUUGGAACUUGCAGGGCUCCACAGCCGUGGCGCAGAUGGCCCUCGGGGGACAUCGGGGGGUUCCCGGGAGGUGUUUUUGGGGGUCCCGGUGCUGGAAGUGGCUGCUCCCAGGAUGAGCCCAGUUGCCCCCUCCUUGUGCAUAACAAGGAUUGUGAGGUGGACGAAUAUCGUUAAGAGCAAAUUUUAAGAAACACUUUCCCUUAGGCUUGACCUAGGAAGAGGGAUUUUCAGAAUGUUGGGGGUAAAUGAAGAUAAAAAUCAUUAAAUGUGUCAGAAUGAAAAAUUCUGUAGAUUUUUUAAUUAAUAGAGUUCAAAUAGAAAUAAGUAGAAUUGUGGUUUUGUAUUUCUCUCUUCUUUGGUAUCUUUGAGUGAAAACGAAGCAAAUAAAUCCUUAAUCCUGUUAACUCCUCCCAAUUACAAACGGAGUACAGAGAAGGAGAGAUUUCUGUUCUCACAGCUAUUUCUAGGAAAAGAAGGGGAUGAUUUUGAGGGAUCAGGUUAACACAUAGUAGAAGUAAAUGCUAUCUAGCAAUACUUGUGUCACUAAAAUGUUUUGAUUUGGUUUUUUGGUGGUUUUUUUUUUUGUUUCCUUUGGUUGGCUGGGAUGUUUGGUUUUCUGUGGUUAUUUGGUUUGUUGGUUUUUUUGUUUUGUUUUGUUUUUGGGGGGGGGCGUAUUUUUGGUUUUGUUUGCUUGUUUGUUUUCAUUUUGGUUGUUUUUCAGGAAGGGGGUUUGUUAGUAACCACCCCCAAACCCCCCGCACCCCUGUGUGGAUCCAGUUGCUUGGGCACUCCCAGUAUGAGCCCAGUCACUCCCAGUUGUUCCCCGUUAUGAUGCCAUUUACCCGAGCACAGUCCCAGUUUCUCCCAGUUGCACCCACUUUUAUUCAGUGUGUUUCCAGUUCUCCCAGUUGCCCCUAGCAUAGCUCCAGUCACUCCCAGUAUGAAGCCAGUCUGUCCCAGCAGAGCCUCAAUCACUCACAAUUGCCCCCAGUUCCCCCCAGCACAUUCCCAAUGGCUCCCAGUGUGGUCCCAGUCAGCACCUGCAUGGUCUCAGGCACUCCCAGUAUAUCCCAGUUGCCCUGAACAUUCUCGCAGUCAUUGCCAGGCCCUCUCAGUUACCCCAGCGUAGUUCAGUUGCCCCCAGUUUUAUCCCAGUCACUGCCAGUACAUCCCAGUUGUCACCAGCAUGCAUCCUGUCAUUGCCAGUUGCUCCCAGUUUCUCCCAGUGUGAGCACAGUUGGCUCCCAGCAUGGGCCUGGUAGCUCCCAGUAACCUCAGUCAGGGUCCAAUCACACCCAUUAUAAUCCCAGUUUGAUUGUAGCCACUCCCAGUAUGAUCCCAGUCACUUGCAGUCUAAUUCCAGUCAGUCCCAGUAUAAUGCCAGUGUCCCCCAGUGUGAUUCCAGUUGCUCCCUGUCAAUACCAGUAUGACCCCAGUAGCCUCCAGUAUGAUCCUCAUGGCUCCCUGUCUCUCCCAGUAUAUCCCAGUAAUGCCCAGCAUGCUCCCAGUCAAUGCCAGUAGGAUUCCAGCCACCCUCAGUGUGAUCCCAGUCUCACCCAGCAUGGACCCAGCUACUCCCACUGUGAUCCCAGUAUGAUCCCUUUUGCUGUCAGAAUAGUUCCAGUUGUCCCCAGUUCCUCCCAGUAUGAUCCCAGUUGUGCCUAGAAUAUUCCCAGUCCCUCUCAGCAUGGUCCCAGUCAUGCCCAGUUGCCUCCACUGUAGUCCCAGCUGUUCCCAGUGUGGUUCCAGUCACUCCAGUAUGGUUCCAGACACUCCCAGUAUAUCCCAGUUACCCCAGUAAGGUUCUGGUUACCUCAGAACAAUCCCCUUCUUUCCCUGCUACUUCCAGUUGCCUCCAGCGUGAUCUCAGUUUCUGGCAGUUGCCCAAAGUGUGGUCCCAGUUGCUCCCAGUAUGAUCCCAGUGUCUCCCAGAUGCACUGAGUUGAUUCCAGUCUGAUCCCAGUUGCUCACAGCCACUCCCAGUCACCCUCAGUGCAGUCCCAGUUGCUCCAAGUAUGAUUGUGUAUGACCCCAGUGCCCUGAGCAGGACCCAGCCUCUCCCCCAGUGAUCCCAGUAGGAUCCCAGUUGCCCCCAGCAUGGUUCCAGUUGCUCCCUGUUCAUCCCAGUGUGGUCCCAGUUGCACCUAGUUGCCCCUAGUAUAGUCCCAGUCACUCCCCAGAUGAUCCCAGUCCCUCCCAGUCCGGCCCAGUUGCCCUCAAUGUAGACCCAGUCACUCCCACUCACUCCCAGUUGCCCCCAGCAUGGUCCCAGCUGUUCCCAGUAUGGUUCCAGUCCCCCUGUUAAGGUCACAGACGCUCCCCAGAAUAUCCCAGUUGCCCUCAGCAUGCUCACAGCCAUUCCCAGUCAGUUCCAGUUGCCCCAGUAAGGCUCCAGUUAGCUCAGUACAGCCCAGUCACUCCCAGUGAUGCCACUCCUGGGAUCCCCCAGCCCUCUCUGCGUUCCCCCCAGCCCAAAUCUGCCGAGAGGAGCCCCAAGGGCUGGAAGUCCCCAGCCAGGGUCCCCAGCAAGGCUGGAGGAGCAGAGCCCUGUGUCCCCCAGGAGCCCAAAGUGGGGAGCCCAGAGAGGGGGGAGCGCCACGAUUGGCGGGACCCUCACCAGCCUGGAGAGGGGCAGGGGGGGACUCCUUGGAGCCCCUGCACCCCGAAGCAGAGAAUGAGGGGAGAAGGGACCCAAGGGACCCCCAAACCCCCCGCAUCCCUGAGUGGGGAGGUGGAAAAGGGGGAAACUUUGUAUUCCUGGGACUCCCAGCAGCCUGGGGAGGGCCGGGACCAAAUAGAUGCAGGACCCCCAGUACGAGUGUGACCCCCAGCAGCUGGGACAGGGGGGAACCCCUGAAGAACAAAGGGGGAAGACCAGAGACAGAGAAUUCCUGGGAGACAUUUUAGGUCUGAGUAAUUUUGUUGGGAGGUUUUUAUGGACCCCAGAUGGCCGGUGACUUCUAGAGAUGGACUUAGGCAGGAGGAACUCCCUAACCCCUUGUGCCCAUACCAGAAUUUCUCCUUCCUAAACCUUGUCUGGAUUGCAGAGAAGGCUGCAAGGAAGAGGAAGAUGCCCCAGGACAGCCAGGCAGACAAGGAGGUGAGGAUGGAGACCAGGGAGGACAAAUCCCCGCGGCAGAACCUCGUGGAAGAGGCAGUUUUGAGCGGCUCCACAGUGCAGGAAUCCAAUGGGGAGGAAAAGCUCUGGAGAUCCUGCAGGGGUAGGGGCUCCAAACACAUCCCAGGGUGCUCUGAGGAGGAAAGACCCACCCUGUGCCACGAAGGGGGACAGAGAUUGAGCCAGUGCUCUGAGCUGGUGGUCCAUGACCAGCUUCAUCACGGGGAGAAGCCCCACAAGUGCUUGGAAUGUGAGAAGAGCUUUGACCAGAAGUCCAAACUGAUCAGACACCAGAGGAUCCACACUGGGGAGAGGCCUUACGAGUGUCCCGAGUGUCAGAAGAGAUUUCGGAGCAGCUCCCAACUGCUUGUACAUCAGCGGAUUCACACAGAGGAGAGGCCCUUCCGCUGCCCCGACUGCAGGAAGGGCUUCAAGUACAAAUCCACCCUCACCACCCACCGGCGCAUCCACACUGGGGAGAGACCCUACGAGUGUGGGGAAUGUGGGAUGAGCUUCAGCAGAAGCUCCAGCCUGAUCUGCCACCAGAGGAGCCACACCAAAGAACGGCCCUACAAGUGUGAGCAGUGUGGGAAGAGCUUCACCCACAGCUCCAACUUGAUCUGCCACCAGAACCUCCACGCUGAGGAAAGGCCAUACAAGUGUGGGGAAUGUGGGAAGGGCUUCAACCAGAGGUCCCAGCUGGUCGUUCACCAAAUGAUCCACACUGGGGAGAGGCCCUACGAGUGUCCCAAGUGUGGGAAGAGCUUUCGGACCAGCUCCACUCUCCUCAAGCACGAGCGGAUUCACACAGAGGAGAGGCCCUUCCGCUGCCCCGACUGCAGGAAGGGCUUCAAGCAAAACUCCCACCUCAUCAAGCACCGGCGCAUCCACACUUGGGAGAGGCCCUAUGAGUGUCCCCAGUGUGGGAUGAGCUUCUCAGACAGCUCUACCUUGAGCCAACACCAACAGAGGCACCAGUAAGGGAAGCCCUGCGAAUGCCCCGACUGUGGGAAAAGCUUCCUGCAGUGCUCCAACUCCAUCCCCCAUUGGGGGACCCACAUUGGGAAGACACUGGGCUGGUGGUCCUUUCGUUUGGUGGUCCCUAAUAUUCAUUUGAUUCUUCUUCAUCCCUUUAAAAGCAGCAAAAUUGGGCUGAAAACCAACAAAUUUAUCAGAGCCAUCUAAAGCCUCACUUUUUCCUUGUGUUUCGAGAGAAUCUCGGAUUCCGGGUGAUACUUGGGAGGAUUUGGGGGUCUUUGGUGUGGUUGUCUCCAUUUCUUAAUGCUCAAAGAGACAAGAGGGUUUGAUCUGUCGCCUCAAAAACACUCAUUGCCACUGAAAACUACUCAAUCCCACCCAAAAUUACUCAAUUCCUCAGCCCCUCAGCAUGGUAUGGGAUUGGAAGGGGGUUGGGUGAAGUGAGAUGCAAAUCAUGAAGGGUGAGGUGAGCAUUGGGUGGGGCAGGAUGGGUGAGAUGAGGAUUGGGAGGGGUGGGAUGGGAGAAAUAUGGCUUGGGAAGGGGGUCUUGAUGUCCAGAAGGGGUGAGAUGGGUUUGGGUGGGGAUUGGGAGGGUGUGGUGAAGUCUGGAAUGAGACAGCCGAGGAUUUGGGAUGAUGAAGGGAGGGGGAACCCAUUCUUGAGUGAGUUUUUGGGUAUUCCACAUUCUUGAAGGGAUUUUGGUGCAUCCCAGGUUUCUGAGGUGGUUUUGGGAUGGUCAGUGCCCCAGCCCCAGCCACUGCAGCCUCUGGUCCAGCCCCAAAGUGGCUGCCAAGCCCCUGACACCCUGAAAACCCCACCUGUGAGAGGGGCCAGAGCAGGUGAGGCUGUGACACUGGUGUGACACUGACACGUCCCACAGCCCUGGAGCUCGCAGCAGCUGAGAUGGCACUGGAUCCAAGGCCCUGACUUGUGCAUCUCUCUCUCCCUUCUCCUGACUUCCUCUUCUCAAAAUUUGGAAAACUUGAAGUUGCAGGGUUUAGAGUUUUCUGAGUUCGUGCUUUGUGAAGUGCCUUACCAUAAUUCCAGGUUUAACAGAAGUUAUAAGCAAAGCUAAAAUACUAUUCCUCUGUGAAUGGCUAAGUCAUAGUUUAUAAGUUUGGACACAUAAUGUCAAGUGCUGUUCUUUUGCUAAGUUGUGAAGUUUAAGGUGUAAAUUAAGGUUCGGGUAUAAGUCAAGUCCUGUUAAGUUGGAGCUCUGUGACGCUUUUAGGCCGUGAUCCUUUGAUCCUUGCCCUCACUGUCCUCUUGUCACACACACACCGGGACAGUCCUCGGUUCGUUUCUGGUUUGAUUGCCUGGAUUUUGUUUGGUUGUGUUGUUGUUUUCCUUCCUUGGUGUGCCUGAAGUGUCCAAUCAGGGACAGAGUGACUCUUGCAAGGAACUUUGUCAUGCCUCACCACCUGUGCUCCUAAUUGGUGAUUUUUGUCAAAUAUGCUAAUCUGCUAAAUUUAUAAAACUGUAUUCACCCUUUGUGAGGGGUGGGCAUUUUGUGGACAUUUUCCAUAUCUGCCCCUUAGAGGCCUCCAGUAAAGAUCAGCCUUUCUACUACCUCCUGUAUAAUAUUAUCUCCAAGGGUGCUACUUUAUUUCUGGGUUCUUGAAGGCAUCAACACAGUCGGGCCUCAUGGCACCAGGAGAGCUCUGUGACACAAGGACAUCUUGGGGAACCAAGUGUCAACUGCAAAGACAGCGGGGCCUCAGGGAAGCCAGGUGCCACUUGGAUAGUGCCAGGGCACGUGGAGCUCAGUGUCCACUGUGACACAGCACUACCUCACGGAACCCAGCAGAGCAUUGUGACAACAGGGAACCUCAUGGAUGCAAGGCUCUGCUUGGGCAAAGUGGGGGCUCCUAGGACACAAAGCCUUUUCCACGUGCCUCCCUCGCCUGGCUGUGGUGUCCUUGUUUGUCAGCAGUGGUUUAUUUGCCCACCUGAAGCCCCCCUCCAUCUCCUCCCCAUCUCUGGAUCUGGCCCUGUCAGUUCUGUACUCGCUGGUGCCUCCAGCCAUGAACCCCUCAUCUCCAGCCUGAGGAAUGAGGAACUCGUGGAGUCCAUGAGGAAACUGCUGGCUGAAUUUCAGAAGCAAAAAAAUGCCUCUUCUCUUCUGCAGAACCUUCUGAAUAUAACUUAUUUCAA